AUGAGUAACGAGGACGAGGUGACCUCCCUGGGAACCGCGACCAUCGCCCGCAUAGACUCAUUGAUUGACGAACUAGAGUCUCUGACCACUGCCUGGAGGCGAAAACUGGAAGCUUCGACCAAGUUGGAACGGCGGGAACAGCCCGACACUAUCCCUGGUCUCCAUGAUUUUAUCGUGUCCGUCAAAGGAACGAGAAACUCGGUCCAGCGCCUUCUCAAGGCACGAGCUGCUUCGCAGCAAGGACAAGCGGGCGUUGGCGCCAGCUUUGACAGAGAGGAACGGGACAACAAGGAUAGAGCGGUUAUUCAAGGUUGUGGUCUGGCCCCGCACCAGGAGCAGUGGGAUGCCAUCAAGCGUGCCCGUGGCCUCCUAGCAUUCCGCCGUCGAUUCGCCGGAAAGUCUGGAGAAUUGGGGCCAACGAUAGAUGCUGUGGUCGAGAAUGGGACAGAAUGGCUGAAGAUCUCGACUGUGACGGAAAAGAAGUUGAUCUAUCAAAUGGCCCAGGAAGGAUGGCAUCCUGACGACUCGUCGGACGACGACGAGUCCGACGACAGUGAUGACGAGAACAGCGGAAUCAGCAUCGUGAAGACCACAAAGCAGCUUGUUGAGGCUGCUCGGAUGCACCGAUGUAACACUCGGAUCCCGACGAUACGACUCGUGCUGCCAAACCUCACCCUGCGACGUGUGCACGCUGUCGACAAGAUCCUCGAGAGGACCCGCAGUCUCGGACUAUCCAAGAAGCAAGAGGGCGAUGUCGAGGUCAUUGUGGACUGUGCAGAUGGUGCGUUUCUGCAGAGACCCAUACCUUCCCUGGACCAGGUGUUCACGGGCUUUUUCUGCGACACCAACCAAGACCGCCUCACUUCAACGGUGAACCUGGAGCUCACCAUCAUCCUCAGCCUCGUGUCCGACAUUGCGCAUGCGGAGGCCGAGCCGAAAGAAUGGUACUCCAGACAGACUCUUUCGCAUAUUGAAGACGAGAACCACGCCCCAGGCGUCCGGCUGCAAAAUGUAUAUGCAGCUUUGGGGGACAGGCGUCUUCAAUGCACUCAAGAGGUCGCUAGGGAAGUCCGGAAUGUGGUCGAUGACUUGGGAACCGAGACCACCAAGACCCGUGCUUUGAUUUUUUUUGGACGACGGAGUUUGCGGGACGGCUUCGACAUACCGCGCAGCCACACCAUUGACACUUCUGAGAAGGAGGGGUUGGAUAGAGAGGUCGAACGCCAGAGACUGGUCGAGCAGCUGCGCAAGCUCUCGAGGUACCCUGUGCCCGAUAAUCUCCAGCUACCCAUUGAAAUCGUCGGCGAUGAUGAGUUUAACCAUAAGAACUAUCAAGCGCUCAUAGAUUCUGGUCAGCUUCCCCCAGUAGCGGCGAAAGUGUGGGAAAAGCUUGAUAGGUCUUACAACAGGUCCUGCCACCUAUGGGGCUGGCUACAAGACAUUACGACGGUCUCUGCAAAUAAUCUCAACGCUAAGCUGAUCGAUGCAACUGUUGACAAGGAACGUACUAGUGCACUCGAACUCGGCCCCAGACUAUAUCUCACUACCCUUGCUAUCAGCAUCAACACUGCCAAACCUUGUCCCAGCGACAAAUGGGAAGAGAUCAAGGACGCGAAGCACGAGCGGAGGGAAGCCAGAACCAAGGAGGCCAAGCAGAUGAAGGCUGCAGGGACUUGGGGCCCGAGCCUAGGUAUUCCAGUCAAAUGGGACGAGCGGCAGCUGAAGAAGCAGUAUGUUCGGCGGAAGAAAAAUGGAGGGGAAGGAGGAGGUGCCAAUGGAUCAGGCAUAUCGACACCAUCUACAGCCGAAGAGGUCCAGUAA